UUCGGUGUAGCUUGUUACAAUGAAUGCUCGCACAGUGCCCAAUCGAAGUUAAAAAUGCAGUAUAUCAUCGUAGGUGGAAUAUUUGUACUGGCCAAUCUACAUUUCAAUCAUCACAACGCAAUGGGUGUAGCUAAUCAUCUGCCAGCACCGCAGGAAAACAGAAUAAUCAAAAAAUUCUCCCCCCACCCUUACUUCGACUUCGACGUGCCUCGGAACAUAACGACCCGCGUUGGCCAGACCGCGUUCAUCAACUGCCGGGUCGAGCAGAUGGGCGACAAAUCGGUCUCCUGGAUCCGGAAGCGAGAUCUACACAUCCUGUCUGCCGGAACCGCGGUCUACACAUCCGAUGAGCGAUUUCAGGUGAUACGUUCCGAGAAGGCAGAAAACUGGACGUUGCAGAUAAAAUUCGCCCAACAGCGUGACUCUGGCAUAUACGAGUGCCAGGUGAACACGGAACCAAAGAUGUCAAUGGCGUUUCGACUGAACGUUGUAGAGGCGAAAGCUAUCAUCCUCGGACCAACGGAUCUGUACGUUAAAAUGGGCAGCGUGGUGACGCUGACGUGUAUAAUUAGCCAGGGACCACACGAUCUAGGGACAAUAUAUUGGUACAGAGGGUCCAGCCUCGUGCAGCCCAUAGAGUUGCAUCCCAACGAUCCUUCAUUAGCAUAUCCGCAUCGAAUAUCGGUCGAGCUGAAGUGGACCGAGGCUCUCACGUCACGGCUGAAAAUUCUCGACGCCAAGCUGUCCGAUUCGGGCAACUACACGUGUCUGCCGACGUCCGCAGAAGGAACGAGCGUUAUGGUGCAUGUGAUAAACGGAGAGCAUCCCGCGGCGAUGCAACGUGGUUGCGCUACGACCGCCACCAGAGAUCAACGCCGGGGCGUGCAACUACUGGCCUCGAUGUUGGUGCUGCUGAUGCUGGCCCUGUCCUGGCAGCGGAUGGAGUUCAACACCACGCGCCCGUCGACGGUACGGACGACGGUCUUUCGUCCACGUUCGCGACCUGCCGGCCUGCGGGCACCGACGCCGUGUCAGGUGAUAACGGAUCGUCCCUUUGGCACCUUGGCGAUUUCGUGCACCGCGUAAUGCCCCGCCGUCCCGGUGGAACGAAAGGUGAGAGAAACGGAAAACGCGCCCGCAGGUGUGUUUGUGCCGAUGUCAGGCGAUUUGGAGCCGGGAAAAUGGUGCCCCCAUGCGACGGACGGGGUAGCAGUUGUACAUGUUCAAACGUUGUGAAAAGAGUGAGGAACAAGGCAAAACACGAGAGGGGUGAAGAGAAGAAGAAAAAAACACAUAAAAAUAGAAAUAAGAGAAGGUUUGAAGCGGCAAAAGCAGAUGAAAAAGAAAAAUAAAAUAAACGUGGAACAAAAGUGAUGAUGCCACGACGUGAAACUUAAAACACGCCAGGGCACGCCAAAUCAACGAGACACCGAACACAAUUCUUAGAGGAUAAGGAAUCGGUUGCGGCAUUGGAAAAAGAAAAGGGAACCCAGCAUAAAAUCACACCGAACACAGUAUACAAAUCUCAAAUCCCGCUCCACGGCUCGAGCCGCUCGAGUGCAACGGAGUGCGAGGAUGAAGUGACUCGAGACACUUUCGUUGCAGUUUGCCGGGAGCAGUGAGAAGGAUGAUACCUUCCCGAUAAAACGCCUCGAGAAAGCCACUUGUUUUACGGGAUUCCACCCCCUUUGAGUAGGAGUUGUGUAAUAAAAUAUCACGAUCGUAGCGUUGCGUCCAAACAUGUAGAGUGUGCAGUUCAUCGUUUUGUUAUCGAUAGUUUUGAAGAGGGAAAACAAACGGGCAGCCGGUGAAAACCUCGGUGAAAAACCAAUUGGGAAAGAAGCGGCUGGAAAGGAAGCGACGUUUUUAUCGAUUUCCAAGUGUGUGAAAUGUUUUGUCAGAAUAUUAAACGCAGUGAGUGUGGUGUGUUGAGGUGAGAUGGUAGUACGGAGGGCCCUCAUAUCCGGCUAGGACGCGAAGUGAAGGAGAGUUAGGUAAAUCUUGUUAUUAAUAUCGCCCGUUUGAAUUUGUUUUGAACCAUUGCGAGACGUUCUCAGUUCGAGCACAACCCACAACCACAUAAUCGCCCCAAAAACGUGGGCAAACACGAUUCCAAACCAUCCAAGCUCAAAAGUGCACUGGCAAGGAAAAGGGGACUCCCAAUUUCGGGAGUCUGCUUCGAAGCAUUGGCAAUGCCCUUGUGAGACCCAUUUUAUGUCACCCGAAUCCCAAAAUGACGUCAAACAAGGUAAGGCGGAUGGAACAGAAGUAAACUUAGGCGCGAGGACGAAACGAUAGUAACCAUAGUAGAGCGGAUUUGCAACAAAAAAAAAGGACACAAGACCCGCGCGUGUACAUUUGAACUUCAUUAGAUUCAGAUAAGAUUGGGAGGAGGGAGCCCACAAUUACACGUCCCCCCCCUCCCGCUCUCCCUUAUCGAGUCUCCCACCCCGCUCAAACCCUCCCCAUCAUCAGCGUAUAGAGCGAGACAUUUUUAACGAACAAAACCAACCAACACACUCUUUAGGCGAAUGCGAGACCCUGUGGCGUGUGGGCGGCGGGUAGCAGCAUUAAAGCUAUUUAUUUGAGAAAUAAACUUGAGAUUAUCUCAAAUUCAAAAAAACCGAAGAAAAAA